AUGGCUGCUAAGACGAGAAGCGCCCUGAUCAAGAGCAAAUCUGGCCUUGUAGUUAAGAGAGGCAGAAAAAACGAGGAAGGCCCAGCUCGGAUGACCAGGAAUGCCACAGUCGCACAAGAGACUCUCUGCCUGUCGACUCGCACAAACAAGACCAUCAGGACACUCUCUUCUUCCAUCGGCACGACUCAGAACGAUACGCCUCUCGCUCGGACGCAGAGCUCUUUCUUCAGAAAGCUACCUGCAGAGAUCCGCCUGAUGAUCUAUGACUAUGCACUCGGUACUGGCACUGUUGACAAGUCAACCGGCACCCGCGUCAUCAUCGCCCACAUGCACCGAGACUGGUUCAAGCUUUGA